CAUGGUGUCCAGAGCCUCAGCAUAGUCUGAUUACAACAGAGUGAGUGAGAGGACCUGUGUAGCCAUACUGUGUACCUGCCAGAAGGGUGUCGCGGCCCCAGCACACCCCGCUACACCCUGGAAACGCAACUCUGCUUCGACACACGCAGGAGAAAACAGCAUAGUAGUGUCGGGGAGGGAAAAUAAAUAGUGUUUUUCUGUAAACUCUAAAUAUUGGUAGUGUAAACAAGAUGACCUAGGUGACCUGACGGCCCACGUGACUUGUGUAUACCUGAGUGUACUGUAGUGUACUUAAAAGUCUACUGAAGUGGCGGGAGGGCUGCGUAAAGUGCGUGUGGUACUUGCAACGUUGCCAAGUGUGGAAGUAGCCUUAAGUGUGCAGCAUGGAGUCUCACAUACUUAAAUAAGUGUGAGGAGCGGCGCCCACACCAGCCAGGAUGAAACGGGGCUAACACCAUCACCAAACACCCUUAGGUGGGCUCCCUCACCACCUGCCGCAGCGACUCCCAGGACACUCUGGCCAUCUGGGACGCCAGGGAUGAUGAUGGUUGUGGCGCGCGAGGGAGCCAGCAGCAUGGAUGUCCUGGAAGGGAGGCAAGAACCUUCCAGUCCAGAUCACGCGGAGGCACAGUCGCAUCUCAAUAUGUCUUGCCCCCCCACGCCAAGCAGGGGAGGUGGCGUGAGCCCCAGCGAAGGGCCGACCCCCCUGCCCCCCAGCCGCCCCCCAGCAGGGCACCCCCCAGUCGGAGGGGUAUUGGAAUAUGCAUCUCGAGGUUUUAAGCAAACUGAAGGGAGAAGUAAAAGACUGGUAUGAGGGUGAAAGCCUGGAUGCGGGCAUUGGUCAGGGUGCAUCUAUCAAACAAGAACAAGAAUAUGCGGCUUAUUCACACCUACACCAGCACCACCCGAUGACUCCUGAUUCUAUGCACGGGGCCUCCCUCAAUGGACCACUGGGGGGCCCUCACAGCAGCCCUCACAUGGGGUACCCCUUACAGCAGUCACAGCAGCAGCACCAGCAGCAGCAUUAUCAGUACCCCGGGAUGAGCGACUUGCCACCAAUGUCCCCCGGCUACCAAGGUCACCCAAGGCAUCCACAGCAACAUCUCAGCCAGCAGCACAUGGGGCAGCACAUGGGCCAAUACACCGAACAGCAACAAUAUGGGCAGUAUGGACAGAUGACGCACAUGGGGCAGGGCAUGCAGGGGCACCCGGGGCACGACGGACCCACGGGGAGGGAGGGCGACCCAUACAGCUUUGUUGACGAGUACUCCGGCCCCCCGCCCCGCCCCGUGGAGGAGGUGCUGGGGACGUCACAGCCCAAGAGACGCGGCCGAAAACCUAAGCAUAUUAAGCUUAUGGAAAAUGGCGGCGACCCCCUAGCCAUCGCAGCAGCCCAGGCAGCGCACGAAGCUAAGAAACGGAAGUGGAAACAGCUGGGGCCUGACGGGAAGCCUAUCUUAGCUCCAAUUAAGCAGAGGAAGAAAGUAGACAGGUUUGACGGAAUAUCUGAAGAUGAGGUGACUAAGCGCACUUUGCCUGACCACCUCGGCCCCAACCUGGACAUAGUGAUUAUUUCCAAAUUCCCAUUCCAGAUUGGUAUAAACCCAGGUUUGUUCGCUGCUUACAAGGGACACCAUUAUGCAGGGCCUGGCAACCACUUCUCGAGUGAGAGUGGAGAAGCAGACAAACGCAUCAAGUACAGAAGCAACCACACCGACGUGGCUUCUCUUGCUACAGGGAAGUGUCUCUACCUCUCCGGCCUCAUUCCCGAGCCUCUCACCUCAGAGGAUGACUUCAGGCUCCUAGAACACGGCAUCGGGUUUACCAACAUCGUCGCUCGGACCACUAGGGGCUCGGCAGACCUCACGCGGAAGGAGAUCAAGGAGGGGGGACAAAUAUUGCUCACGAAACUCCAGCAGUUCCAGCCAAGAAUUGCGGUUUUCAACGGAAAGGGAAUAUAUGAAAUAUUCUCUGGCAAAAAAGAGUUUACAUUUGGCAGACAACCUGAGAAGAUCGAGGGCACGCGCACGCACGUGUGGGUGAUGCCGUCGUCGUCGGCCCGCUGCGCACAGCUGCCGCGGGCGCUGGACAAGGUUCCAUUCUACACGGCGCUGCGGAAGUUCCGCGACUUCCUGAAGGGCACGCUGAAGGAGCUGAACGAGGAGGAGAUCACCUUCAUCAACGCCAAAGUGAAGAACCUCAAGAUGGAGGCGGCCGACAAGAUGGAGCUGGGCUGCGAGGCGCGGUGCGAGGGCCAGCCCGGCGCGGAGGUGUGCCGCGGUCCCGACCACCCACUGGGCUCCCCUGGGGGCGAGGAGGACCGCCUGGUGAUCAAGGAGGAGCUGGAGCUGCCCACCAAGCUGGACGGGGACCUGGAGGAGGAGGAGCUGACCAAGGACAUUCCCCGCACGCUGUUCAACCUGAACGGCAUGACGCGGGAGCAGCUGGACUGCAUGGAGUGCCCCACCAUCCCCAUCAGGAAGAAGCGCGGCCGCCCCAAGAAGACCCCCGACGACCCCAAUGCCCCGCCACGGCCCCGGCCACGCCCCAUCAGCACCGACCCCCUCAUGUUCAACGGGGAGCAGCCCAUCAAGAAGAAGCGGGGCCGCCCCAAGAAGGUGCUGGAGGACGGGUCCAUCCCCGCCCCCAAGCGCCCCGGCCGCAAGCCCAAGGCCCUCAAGGAGAUGCUGGCCCAGCAGCCCCCACCCCAGCACCUGCACCACCCGCAGCUGGGCCAGCACCCCCAGCUGGGCCAGCAGCAGGCCCCCGUGGGCCUGGCGCACAUCAACGGCAUGAUGUCCCCCGCGGGCUACAGCCCCACCCCCGGUGCUCAGACCUUCUCCCCCCAGUACGGGGGCCACACCCCCGUCCAUGGGGGGGGCAGCCUAACCCCCACCCAGACCCCCGGCCACACUCCGGCCCUGGUGCCCCGGGGACCCACGCCCCAGCAGUUCGGCCAGAGCCCCGGCUACUCCCCCGGCCCCGCGGGCAACCAGCAGCUGCCACCCCGGAGCCUGUACCCACAUCCCGUGGGCGACGCGGGGAGCGGGGACCUCAAGGUGGACGAGGAGCACCACCUGGGGCUGUCCUCUCCCCCGGCGUCGCCCCUCAUGGCCCAGCCGGACUUUGAGCCCCCCAGCAGCAUGCCAGAGGGCGACCUGUCCCUGGGGGCCUCCGACACGGCUAGCAGCGGCACGGCCCUCACCCCCGCCCACCGGGAGGAGGGCAAGACGCCCCUGCCCCUGGCCAGCCGGGAGCAGCCCCCGCAGCACACCCCCACCAUGCCCGGCCAGUUCUCCAAUCCCACCACCCCCGGGGAUGGCACCUCCUACCAGAACUACCCCUCCUAUCCCUCCAACCCCUCCACCACCUCCCACUCCCCCUCCAUGGUGAAGCCGGCGCCCCUGCACCCCGGCCAGUCCCCCACGCUGGGCGGCAAGCCGGACGUGGCCUCCAAGAGCCUGUCCGGCCUGGAGUCGCUGGUGGACCAGAUCCCCAGCCUGGCGGAGCACGAGACCAGCAGCCAGCACUCCGCCCACUCCAACUCCGCCCCCUGCUCCAACCCCACCACCCCCGGCCCCUCCGUGCCCCCCGCCCCCUUCAGCCCCGGCCACGUUCCGCCCACCUCCUCCUACCAGAGCUACACGGGGGGCGGCGGGUCGGGAGGGACGUACCCCGCCUCGCACUACGGGUCGCCCCAGCCCGGCCACCCCUACUCCCCACACUACAGCUCCAACAGUACAAACCUGAGUACAAAUUUCAGCGUGAGCUCCCUGGCCAACAGCAGCCUCAGCACCACCAUGUCCUACAGCAGCGCCGGCGCCUACGACCUGGGCUCCCCCCAGCAGCAGGCCUCCUCCUCCUCCUUCAGCGUCUCCUCCCUCACCAGCUCCGCCCCCGCACCCUCCCCCUCCAUGUACAGCCAGUCCUACUCCCCCGCCCCGCCCGCAGCCGCCCCGCCCUCGCACUCGUCCUACCCGGACAUCAUGAGCUCCUCCAUGCUGGCCCACACCCCUCCCAUGGGGUCCUCCUUCAUGGGGUCCCCCAGCCUCAUGUCCUCCCCCACCCCCAUGAGCUCAAGUAUGGGGGGGUCAUCGAUGGGUGCUAUGGGGGCCCUCCAUUCCUCGAUGAGCAUGACCAGCUCACAGCUGCCCUACCCCUACUCCCAGUACAGUGACACCUCCCCCGGCUACCCCCCGCCCAGCCACUCCACCUUCCCCUACCCCCCCACCGCCCCAGGGUUCCACGUCCCCUCCCCACGCUUCCCCUACCCGUACGGCAACUCGCCCUACACGCAGGGCUACUCCCAGAAUGCAAUGCUGGAGAGAAUUAAACAGACAAGCAUGGGGAUGGGGUUCGGAGGGUUCUGAGGCGGACGGACAGACAGACGGACGCUGGUAGUAGUAGUACUAGACUACCGCGUGGUGUAGUGUACUAAUGAAGCCAUGUCACGGAGGCGGCGUACGUGUGUGUGUGUCUCUCUCGCACAUCGCUGCCAUGCUCACUGUUCAUGUAUCUGUCGGCUCCCUCCUUGUGUUGGCUUUUUUUUAUAUUUGUUACCCCCGCCCCGCCCGCCCCGCCCCGCCCCCCAUCAGAGCACCAGCCGGGACCCCCUACCGUGCCCCAGCUGCCCCGUGAAGUGAUGAGUGUGUGGGGCCGCGGCCACAGGAGUGUUUGCCAUUUUCGACAGGGUAACCUAUGCUAAGUGUACAUUGUUUGUGAGGCGCGAUGCACUCCCUCCCUCCACCACACCCCACACCACGCCCCGCCCCGCCCCCCAUGGCCGUGAUCUCAAGGCCGAGCCAAGCCAAGCCCCGCCAUGGGCCGCCCCGCCCCGCCCCGCAGCCCAGAGCCGGGGAAACGCACUGUUGCAAGUCUAACCCGGUGAACUAAAAGUGACAAACUGGCGUGCCGUGUGCGUGCGUGGGCGGGGCAGGGGUGGGGCAGGGGCGGGGCGGGGCGGGGCCGGGUGGCGAGUCUAGCUAUCUAGUGACGCGACGCAGCAGCAGCAGAAGGAGAAACGGCCGCGGUUGGACAGUCGAGGGCUGCAGAGUCGAGUGUUUGUUGUGAUGUGUACGGUCGACGCUGGUGAGGAUGAUGAAGAUACUAGACGCAGAGUUCCUUCCAGAAGAUAACGUGAACUUGUAGUAUUAAGGUGACGACGACGAUGUGGAAAAGCCCUUUUUGUAUGGACAGGCAGUGGCAGAAAUACUCUUAACAAUGGUGCAAUAUAUUACCGAGAAGCCUGUGUCUUCUCAUGCACUUUCCAGUCCAGAUAGUAGACACCACACUUGUUUACCACCACACCACCACCCCACCACCACCCCCACUAUCUGUACACCUCCCCACCACCUCCACCACCUCCUCCCCACCACCUUGCCUCCCCAGACACUCAAAAAACACCCCCAACUUUUAAAAAUUCAAUGAAAACUCGAAUUUCUUAUAUUAUUAGAAUUAUUUCAUCUCCCCACCACCACCCCACUGUCUGUACACCUCCCCACCACCUCCACCACCUCCUCCCCACCACCUUGCCUCCCCAGACACUCAAAAAACACCCCCAACUUUUAAAAAUUCAAUGAAAACUCGAAUUUCUUAUAUUAUUAGAAUUAUUUCAUCUCCCCACCACCACCCCACUGUCUGUACACCUCCCCACCACCUCCACCACCUCCUCCCCACCACCUUGCCUCCCCAGACAUGCAAAAAAACAUCCCCACAUCAAAUCAAUGAAAUUUUGAAGAUUAUUACAAUUAUUUCCUCCCCACACUUCCCCAAUACCUCCACCACCUCAUCCCCCACACCCUGCCACCCCCCCAGACACACACAAACACCUUCAACUUGUAAAGAAUCAAUGGAAACAAACAUUUUUAACAUUACUAGAAUUAUUUACCACCAUCACCACUACCACCACCACCACCACUACUAUCUCUUCACCCAACACUCCCCCACCAUCUUCCCCAACCAAACCCCACUUUCCCAUCUUAUGAAAACCCCUAGAACUGACCCUCUUCGUAAUUUUAACUGUCAAAAUUAGAGAAAUUCUGACUACUACUACUACUACUACUACUACUACUACUACUACUACUACUACUACUACUACUGCUGCUGUAACCCUUCUGCCACCUCCCCAACCUGCCCCCAACUUCACACACACACACAGAAACUCUGAACAUACACGAAAAUAGGAAAAUUUCAGUGUUUUUUUUUUUAUUUUGUAUAUUGUGAGACUAUAAUUGAAACUGACAGCCAAGUAAUAAGAACAGACUAACCCUCCCAAACCCUCCCCAACCUUUCCCACAACCCUCCACAACACAUUCCCUCACUCAAAUAAUAUGGAGGAAAGAUUAUCUCCCCAAAAUACACUACAACAAUUUCCCCAACUUCCCCAACCCUUCCCAACACACACACCCCCUCUCCAACUCUUCCCCAACCAUGCCCAAGCCCCAACACAGCUUAACUACCCAUUUAAAAGCAAUAUUUCAAUUUCUAUCCAUAUUUUUCACUUCCGCCUCUCCUCCCCAACGUUCCCCAACACACAGCACCUCCUCCCCAAACAGUGACAGACAAGAGCAUGAGGAAUUUCAAUAUGUCAUUAAUUGUUGUGGGAAUCUGACCCAAAAAGGCAACUCCAAUGAUUGACCUAUUUCCCCCAGCUUUCCCCAUUACAGAUACCCAUUCCCCACCAAAUUAGAUUAAAAAAACAAGAAUUACCAGACAAACAUCGAAUAUAUUGCGCUAUGAAUUAAACCCCAGUUACUCACAAUUCCCCAACUCUUCCCGAACUCUUCCGCAACUUCCCCAUCACAGACACUAUUCCCCAACCGAAAUAGCUAAAAAAAACUGAAUUUCCAUGCAAACUACUGACCACAAACUGACCCCAAUCACUCACACCUUUCCCCAGUCACCCCCAGUCUCCCCUAGCCUUCCCCACCCACACAGCCCCCCAAAAAGACCAGAUUUCAAGGCCACUUCAUUAAGGCUCACAGCACCACUCACAUCUCUGUGACUUUGGUCCUUAGAAGCAAAAGAGUGAUAGGUUGGUGGGGAGAGAGCCUUGUCCACUCACACCGCCACCACAUACAGACAGACAGACGUACAAUCUCUCUAUUAAUUGUUUCUUGCAUUGUUUUUUAAAGUGUGUGUGUGUGUGUGUGCGUGUGUUUGUUUUUGGAUGUGUGUAUGUAGGUAAUCUGUUUGUGUGUGUGUGCGUGUUAGGGUGUACAGGCGUGUGCGUGUGCGUGUGUGUGGUUAUGCCCCCCCCCUCUCGCACCUGCCCCAACCCCCCGCCCCCCAAAGCGACCCCCAGAAUGUCAAAGACUGUUUUUAGGUGUUUUUUUUUAUUUACGUGCGAAGUUAUUGUUGCUCAGUAAAUAAUAAUAAUAAUAAUGAUAGUAAUAAUAAUAAUAAUAUUAAUAAUAAUGAUAAUAAUAAUAAUUGGGUCACUGGCGAUAUCUGUGACUAUGCUUGCUUCCUGGUUAGGUCACGUUAGGUCAGGUCAGGUCAGGUUUAAGUACCAUACACCACUUACUAUUAUUUACAUCACACAGAAUCCUGGUAUACACUACACUACUACUACUACUACUACUACUACUACUACUACUACUACUACUACUACUACUACUACUACUACUUUUUCCAUGUAAGAGGGGGACAGGACAAGGGCAACAAAAACAGUGAAAAAAUGUCCACUGAGGUGCCAGUCUCUAAGAAAGGCCAGAUCAUCCAAACUGAAGAUAAGUGUGUUGAAGCCUCCCUCCUGAAAGAGUCCAAGUCACAGGCAGGGAGGAACAGCAGCAGGCAGGGAGUUCAGAAGUGUGCCAGUGGAAGGGGUGAGAGAUUGAGAAUAAUGGUUAACUCUUGCAUUAGUGAGGUGGACAGAAUAGUGGUGAAAGACUGAGAAUAUUGGUUAACUCUUGCAUCAGGGAAGUGGACAGAAAAGUGGUGAAAGACUGAGAAUACUGGUUAACUCUUGCAUUAGGGAAGUGGACAGAAUAAUGGUGAAAGAUUGAGAAUAUUGGUUAACUCUUGAACUAGGGAGGUGGACAGAAUAGCGGUGAAAGACUGAGAAUACUGGUUACUCUUACAUUAGGGAGAUGGACAGAAUAGUGUCCAUCUCCCUAAUGUACUGAUCAACUCUUGCAUUAGAGGUGGACAAAAUAGUGGUGAGAAGGUAGAAAGUGUUGUGCAGUGAGGCAGUGGGAGGAGGGGAGGCAUGCAGUUAGCAAGAUCAGAAGAGCAGUUAGCAUGAAAAUAGCAGUAGAAGAUAGCAAGAUAUGCAACACUGCGGCGAUGAGAGAGAGAAUGAAGACAGUCAGUUAGAGGAGAGGAGUUUAUGAGGGGGAAGAACAGGAGAGAGAUGGUUGAAUUAAUGCUUGACUUCAUAGAAGCGGUUUUAGCUAGAGAUGAGAUGUGAAGUUUCCAGAUUAGAUUAUAAGUAAAGGACAGACCGAGGAUGUUCAGUGUGGAAGACAGGGACAGCUGAGUGUCAUUGAAGGAGAGGGGAUAGUUAUCUGGAAGGUUGUGUCGAGUUGAUGGAUGGAGGAAUUGAGUUUUUGAGGCAUUGAACAAUACCAAGUUUGCUCUGCCACAAUCAGAAAUUUUUGAGAGAUAAGAAGUGAGGCAUUCUGUGGCUUCCCUGCAUGAACUGUUUGCCCCCUGAAGGGCUGGACGGCUGGGAAGCGACGCAGUAAAGCGCAGGGUGGCAUCAUCAGCAUAGGAGUGGAUAGGACAAGAAGUUUGGCUUAGAUCACUGAAAACAGGAGGAGAGUGGGCAACAGGAUAGAACCCUGAGGAACACCACUGCUAAUACACUUACUGUACAUAAUAUAUUCCUACAAAUUCUCUCAAUCUCUUUCUUCUCCUAUUCUUUUCUAGUUUUAUCAAUCCUUCAUACAGAACAGCUAAGCCAGUUCAUUAUACUGUGUGUUUGAACGUGUGGCAGCAAGGCAGGUGAGGGCGCACGGACAUGGCAACACUGGUAGACUCACUCAGCUUAUUCAGAUUGGUCUAAAUAUUCCUGCCUUGACUUAAAACACAGCAAGAUUUUUUUAUUCCCACAAAAACAGUUUAAUCAGAAAGGCACCAGAUUGUCUAUAUUUAGUUAAUCUGGCACCUGUUAAGUCUUUAGGUGGAAGAAGAACACUAGUUUGUACAGCAUUGGUCUAAAUAUUCCUGUCAACUUAAAACACAGCAAGAUUUCUUUAUUCCCACAAAAAAAAAUUAAUCAGAAAGGCACCAGAUUGUCUAUAUUUAGUUAAUCUGGCACCUGUUAGGGGUUUAGUGGAAAAAGAACACUAUUUUGUACAGCAUUGGUCUAAAUAUUCCUGUCAACUUAAAACACAGCAAGAUUUCUUUAUUCCCACAAAAAAAUUUAAUCAGAAAGGCACCAGAUUGUCUAUAUUUAGUUAAUCUGGCACCUGUUAAAUGUUUAGGUGGAAAUACAACACAAAUUUGUCCAGCACUGCAACACAAUGAGUGAGUGACAGUCAAACAGUGUUGCCAUAUCUGUAUCCAAAUCUAGCCCAGUAACUACACACAAACACAUACACACACACAAAACACCAUUAACGGCCGCUAGAUUUGAGCAAAGUAGCAACCAUAAGGUAACCUAGCAUAACCUGACCGGGGAGCAAGGUGGAACGCAGAUGGAGAGUGGCUACAAAUAACAAUAAUAAUAGUAAUAAUAAUAAUAAUUUGCCUGUGUAAGGAGGAGAAAUAAAGGCAGAGAGAGAUUUGAUACCUUGAGUGUAGCAGAAAAUCGACAAAUCUCUGCUACUUUUGAGCUACACACCCCACACUGUAUCCACUCAUUCAUUCAUCCACAUAUACGUAAAUUUGUGUAUCCACAUUGAUGACGUAUCGUGUUAAUUCCACUGGCAGGGUUGUACACACACGCGCACACAGACAUACGUACAUACAUAUGAGCACACAGAAAUUGGUUAAAAAAUGUGGAAUUAUAUGUAAAUUUGAUGUUUUUUAAUGUUUUUUUGAGGUGAAUACAUACAUACACAUACACAAACAUACAUACAUACAUAUACAUACAUACAAUGGUUAAAAAAAAUGUGUAUAUAUGUAAAUUAAUGUUUUUUUAAUAUUUUGAGGUGAAAAUAGACAUACAUACAUACAUACAUACAAAAAAAUGUGAAAUUAUACGUAGUUUUUUUUUUUUUUUUGGUGAAAACAAACACACACACACACACACACACACACACACACACACACACACACUUUCAGAUACAAAAAAUACAAGUUGAAUUUGUUGUUCGUAAUGAUAUACGUACAUGAAUUGUAUAAUGUUAAUUUUUAAAGUGAGAAAAAUAUAUAUACAUUCACACACACACACACACACACACACACACACGCAAAAACAAACUUAUCAGCAUAUGCAGCUUAAAAAUACGUAGAUUUAUAAUAGAUCAAUUUUUCUGACGCGAAAACAAAGAAAAAAGAAACAAACAGAAUAAGGAUAGAGACACACACACAUACAAACACUCCCUCAAACGAAAGAAAGAAAUGAAAACCAAACAUACGUAACAAAGAAAAAAAUAAUAAUUCCAAACACAAAUAAAACACAAACAAACAAACAAACAAACAAACAAACAAAACCCCUUUAAGCAAAACCACUUCCUGAACCAAAAACAACAACAACAACAACAACAACAACAAAAGAAAACGAAAAGACAUCAAAAUUUAGACACCAAAAAAACAAAACGAAAAAGAACAACAACAUAAAAAAAAAACACCCCUUUAAACCCACACAAACAUACAAACACACGCACCCAAACACCUCCCUAAAACGCCAACCAAUCCCUGAGUUUACGGGGGGCAGGGCAAGGAAGUUUUCAAAGGUUAUCACCAUAAAUAAAAAAACAAAAAAAUAAAAAAAUAAUCAUAAAAAAACCAUCUAUUUGUAUAUGAUAUAAUGUGCUAUAGAAUUUUAGAAUCCAAGGUUUUUAUAUUUUAUGUCUAACCCCCUUUGACUGCUAAAUGGCUCAUUCAAAGCUUAAUAAAAUGUUGUGGUGCAAAAUUUAGAGUAUAAUUUGAAAGCCGUAGCGCUCCUGACUGGCUGCAGGGUGGGGAGGGACGUGGGGAGCCUGGCAGGGCAGAGACUCGCGAGGUAAAUGUUGGCAGUGGUGGGAUCUGGUGACGGUGUUGGUGUUAUGCAGUGUUCUGGUGCUGGAAAGUGGUGUUCUGUGGGUUUGUGGCAAAAUUCAUCUUUAUUUUGGUGUUUAUCUUCUAAGCUGCUCAUGUUCUGGUGUUUGGUGCAAGAUUGAGCUGAAAUUUGUGAGUUUAUGAGGAAAUUUAGGUGUUUUGGUGCUAGAUAAAACUAAAAUUCAUGUCUUUAGGGCCUAAUCUUGCUAAAUUUUGGUGUUUUGGUGGCAGAAAUCUGACUAAAUUUAGGUGUUUUGGUGAUAGAUAGAGCUAAAAUUCAUGUCUUUAAGGCCUAAUCUUGCUAAAUUUUGGUGUUUUGGUGCAAGAAAGUGCUAGGAUUUGUGAGUUUAAGGUCUAUUCUAGCUAUGGAGUUGAGUUCCAAAGUGUUUCGAUGCAAGACAAUGCUAAAAUACAAGAGUUUAGAGGGAAAUUUCCUUCUAUUUUGGUGUUAAGCUGAAAUUUAUGAGGCUAAGGUCUGGCUAUGAUAUUAAGUUGUCAAGUGUUUUGAUGCAAGAAAGUGCUAGAAGUUGUGAGUUUACAGUCCAAUCUUGCUGUAUUUUAAUGUUGUGGUGCCAAGUUGGGCUUUCAAGUGUUCAGGUGGAAGAAAUUUGUGAGUUUAUGGCCUGAUCUGGCAAUAGUGUAAUGUUCUGGACGAAAAAAGUGCUAGAAUUUCUAUAUUUUGGUGUUUUGGUGCAGGACAAGACUAAAAUUUGUGAGUUUGUGGUCAAAUUUUUCAUUGGUGUUGCAGUUUUAAUGUUUUGGUGGGAAGGUAAAGAUAUAUACAUGAAUUACAGUUUAAUUUAGCUUUGGUGCCUCAGUCUAACGUUUAGGUGGAAGGUUAAUCAAUAAUUCACAAGCUUACAGUAUACUAUAUCAAUGACCACCUAGUUUUAACAUUCCCAAGGUGCAAACUGCUUACAACCCUCAAGUUUACCGACAAAAUAUGAAAGGUUACCCGCAGUUCCAAUUGUCCGUCAGGUCCUUGCAACACCACAGGUUUACCCAGCACCAGUCACCACCAGUCACCACACACCACUCACAACCACUCCUCUAUUUCAGCCCAGCCUUGCAAGUCACCAAAAAUGACACAACUUCAUUUCCUGAGAGUGAGAGAGUGAGAGCAAAGAGAGAGAGAGAGAGAGAGAGAGUGUGAGAGGACAGAUCCCCUCUCUCCACCUUCUGCUGUCUUGAAGUGCUGUUGCUGCUUGCUGUGCUGCUGUGAGGAUCUCAAGAUGACUGUGUGUGGAGGAGGACAGGACAAGGAGACCAGUGGGAAGGCUGUGGAAGGCCUGGGGAUGGUGUGCGGAGGAGGACAAGGCAAGGAGACCAGUGGGAAGGCUGCGGAAGGCCUGGGGAUGGUGUGCGGAGGAGGACAGGGCAAGGAGACCAGUGGGAAGGCUGUGAAAGGCCCGGGGAUGGUGUGUGGAGGAGGACAGGGCAAGGAGACCAGUGGGAAGGCUGUGAAAGGCCUGGGGAUGGUGUGUGGAGGAGGACAAGGCAAGGAGACCAGUGGGAAGGCUGCGGAAGGCCUGGGGAGGGUGGGUGAGGGACAAAACAAGACUAAACAUUAGAAAAACAUCAACAGCAACAACAAAUAAUGACAUGAACCACAAACAUUGAAUGGCAGAGUGAAAAAAAAAAAAAAAACAGGAAAAUAAAUGAUAAACAAAACAAGAUGAGGAUAACACCUGCAGCAUCAUGCCUUUUGCCCCUCACAGCAGAACAGCAAGACCUCUCACUCUCUCCCAUGGCCACCUCCCUCUCUCUCACUCUCAUAAGGAAAUGCAAUGUUGCCAAAUUUCUCAGCGUCAAUACUGAAAGGCUGAACUGAAAGAACUGUGGGUUUUGUGAGGUUAUUUAUGAGUCUGGGGAACACACACACACACACACACAGACACACACACACACACACACACAGUAUAUUUGUUUUUUUAUCAAAGGGAAAAAAAAGAAAGAAAUGGAACAAAAAACACAAACAUUCCACUCAAGAAAAGGAAGAUAAACAAAACUAAAGAAAUGAAGAGAAAAGAAAAAAAAUGAAAAAAAUAAAUAAAUAAGCUAACCUAACAUUAUCAAAGAAAUCUAACCAAAUUACUUAGAAAUGUAACAGAAAAUCCACAAUAUAAUUACACCAAAGUCAAAGGGGGAUUAUACAUGAAUUAUAAAUGAAAAUAAUUACAUAGCAUGAUACCUAAUCUAUAUAAUUUGAUUUCUCUCAUUAUAAUUUACUUCAAUCUGCAAAAAUAUCGACUUCCCUAUUUCGGGGGCAGAUUUACCCUAGUUUCUUGAUUUCCUACCCUAGAUUCCUGAUUUCUCACCCUAUUUGAACUUAUUUUACCCUAGCAUGCUGAUUUUUUCCCUAUUUUAGCUUCCUUUGUCCCUAGAAUCCUGAUCCUAUAAUUCAGAUUUCUUCCCUAUUUUCCCUAACUAAUCCUUAUCUUACCUAUUUUUUCCCUAGUUUCUGAUUUUUUACUCUAUAAUUCAGAUUUCUUCCCUAUUUUCCUUAACUAAUCCUUAUCUUACCUAUUUUUUCCCAUUUCUGAUUUUUUACCCUAUAAUUCAGAUUUCUUCCCUAUUUUCCCUAACUAAUCCUUAUCUUACCUAUUUUUUCCCUAGUUUCCUGAUUUUUUACCCUAUAAUUCUGCUUUUCUCCCUAGAUUCCUGAUAUUUUACCUAACUCUUUUCACCCUAGCAUCCUCAUUUUUUCCCUAUCUUACCCUGCUGAGAAGCCAACAUACCCUAACUUCACCUAACCUAACUUGACCUAACAUAACUUAACCUAACUCAACCUAACUUGACCUAACCUAACCUAACUUGACCUAACUUGAACUAACCUAACCUAACUCGACCUAACCUGACCUAACCUAACCUAACUUGACCUAACUCAACCUAACUUGACCUAAUCUAACCUAACUUCAUCCUAACCUAACCUAACCUAAAUAAACACCCACUCACCCUCACACACACACACACACAACACACACACACACACACACACACACACACACAAAAGGACAAACAAAAGAAAGACCAAGACUACAGGGUAAAAAGUAACAACUAGGGAGAAAUCUAGGGAACUUUUAAGAGUGGUAGAGGAGACUUAAACAAAGGUGGCUUAAAACAAAACAAUGGGUCUUUGAGGGCUGGAAUUGACAGUCCUUGCUUCAGAUUGGUGCUGAAUAGAUUAGCAAUUAGACUGUUAACUGCUGACUGUCUAAUACCAGCGCCUUCAGACCCUUGGGAGUUCGUGAGAGAGAGAGAGAGAGAAAGAGAGAGAGAGAGAGAGAGAGAGAGAUGCUUUGAGUAUUACAAGCAAGGAAUAAGUAUGUUUUGGGAUGUUUACAUGUGAGAGAGAGAGAGAGAGAGAGAGAGAGAGAGAGAGAGAGAGAGAGAGAGAGAGAGAGAGAGAGAGAGAGAGAGAGAGAGAGAGAGUUAAUUGCUCAAUAUCUAAAAGAAAAAAAAAUUUACAUAAUACAAUGAGAAAAACUUGAAAUAUUGCUUAAUUCACAAUAACAUUAUGAAAAAUUAUAAAUAUUUAAGAUGUCUCUUAAAAAAUACACUUAAUUUUCUUGUUUGUUAUUGCUGUAAAUGUUAUAUAUAAAAAAUCAUGAUAACUUUAGAAAUAUCCUUGAAAAAUUUUGGUGUAUACAUUCAUGAAAACUAAAAAAAUAAAAUAAUAAUAAUAAUAAUAAUAUAGACUUAUGAACAGAAAGAAGAAAUGUCAGUUACGAUUUUUAGGAACGACGAAACUUUAGAGGAAAAAGAUUUGAAGGAAAAGAAAAAUAAUACAAACAAAUAAAUAUGAAGGAGGAAACAUGCCCCCCAAAAAAAGGGAAAAAGGGAAAAGAAACAAACAAGAAGAAAAACUUAAGCAAAGAAUGAGAAAAGAAGAAAAUAAGAAAAAAAAAAAAAAGGAAAUUGAAAGAAGAACUAAAAUUAACAAUGCUGAAUAGGAUAAAAAAAAAAAAAUUAGACAAAAUUAACCUAAAUCUUCCUUCACAAUCUUGACCUAACCUAACCUGACCUGACCUGACCUAACCUAACCGAACCAAACCUAACUCAUCCAAACCUAACCUGACCUAACUUAAUGUAACCCAACUUAACCUAAUGUGUCCUUGACCUGACCUGACCUGACCUGACCUAACAAUUUACAUGCAUAUCUCACAUCUAGAAUUUCCUCUGAUUAAAACAUGAGUGUGUAUGUGUGUGUGUUUCCAUUUUAUAAAUUUUUUGGAUAAUAAUAAUAGUAAUAAUAAUAAUAAUAAUAAUAAUAAUAAUAAUAAUAAUAAUAAUAAUAAUAAUAAUAAUAGUAAUAACAAUAAUAAUCAAAAAAUAAAUUACAAUCUAUGCAAUCUAUAAUUCUUUUUUCAUUUUCUCUGUCUCAAUGAUAAUAAUAAUAAUAAUGUGUAGCUCUCUCUCUCUCUCUCUCUCUCUCUCUCUCUCUCUCUCUCUCUCU